GCGUCCCUUGCCAUGGGCGGUCAGUGCUCACCCCAAACGGCGCGUCGAAGACGUCCGGCCUAUUUUCUGGGCUUCCCGGCCGAAGAGCUACAUCUAUCGGACGCAGGAGUGGGACGAAUUCCCCAAUGGACGAUGGGGCAACUCUUCGUCCCCCGCCUUUGGGGAGCUGAAAGACUACUACCUUUUCUACUUGAAGAGCAAAUCCCCCCGGGAAGAACUCCUGAAGAUGUGGGGAGAAGAGCUGACCAGCGAGGAGAGCGUCUACGAAGUCUUCAGGUGCUACAUCGCUGGAGAGGCCAACAGAAAUGGACACAAGGUCACCUGUUUGCCAUGGAACGAUGACCCUCUGGCCUCUGAGACCAACCUCAUGAAGGACGAGCUGGUUAAAGUCAACCGGAGGGGCAUCCUGACCAUCAACUCCCAACCUAACAUCAACGGAAAGCCUUCCACGGACCCCAUUGUGGGUUGGGGACCAGAAGGUGGCUACGUCUUCCAGAAGGCUUACCUGGAGUUUUUUACUUCCACUGAGAACAUCAAAGCUCUUCUCACGGUUCUGAAAAAAUACGGACAGCGGGUGAAUUAUCACAUCGUCAACGUGAAGGGAGAAAACGUGACCAAUGCUCACGAGAUGCAGCCCAACGCUGUCACAUGGGGAAUCUUCCCCGGAAGAGAGAUCAUCCAGCCGACAGUGGUGGAUCCAGUUAGUUUCAUGUACUGGAAGGACGAGGCCUUCGCCUUGUGGAUCGAGCAGUGGGCGAAGCUGUACGAAGAAGAAUCGCCUUCCCGUAUGAUCGUCCAGUACAUUCACGACAACUACUACCUGGUCAACUUGGUGGACAAUGACUUCCCCUUGGAGAGCUGUCUCUGGCAGGUCUUGGAGGACACCUACGAGCAGUUGAACGGCCCAGGAGAGGAAGUGAAGAGCUCUGGAUCUUGAAACGGGGACUCAAAACACUUUUUACCUCCAUCACAACUAAUGGCAGCUAAGAAAUCCCAGCGGAGUCUGCUGGUUUUUCCAGUUUUUUUUUUUUUUUCCAAAUAAGAUUUUUAAUGAUUUUUGUGCUCCAAACCAGCGGCCCCCAGCUUGGCGG